CCGUCAACAGUUUCGGAAUAUUCUAGACUGAAUACACAUGUUCUGUGCGAUGACUCCAUGUGCAUCAUAACCAACAAAAUGUGAUAGUGAUGAAGUAAUAAAUAAGUAAUAUAAUAUAACACCAGUCUCAUAUCAUUCGCGUCUAAAUUUCUGAGUGCGGCACUUGAAUAUUCAAAAUAUUAAAUUAAAAAUUAUCAAGCACUGUCUUUGGCUGCCGUGACAAUAUUCGACCAGUGAAUGUUAUUAUUUAUAAAAUAAUCACGCAAAAUUUACUCACUAAUUAAUGUAAUUACUUCCAAAGUUUGAAUAAUGGAAAAUGAAGAUAUUUACAACUUGAUCGUAAAAUUACUUAGCAAUUUAUAUACUCCAAAAGAUGGACAAAGUAAUGAAAGUAAUUCGUCGGCGAAUGCACAAGUCGUCCCGGUUGCUUCAUCGUCAAUGUCAUCGACGGUAUUUAUUACUUUGUUGACAGAAAUUUGUGAUAUGUUAAAAAAAAAUAAAAAGACUAGGGAUCGUAUGCAUUCAAGUUUUAAAGACAUAUGUGGUAAACUAGAAAUAAUUGAUAAUCCUAGUGAGUCAGCUGCUAUAAAUCAGCUUUCUAAUCAAUUUAAAAUAUUAUGUGAUGUUAUAAAGACAGUAUUAACUGCUAAUGACAUUGUACCAAAUCCGAGCAAUUCAGUGAGCAGUACACGAUACAAGAAUGAUUUUGAAGAAAUAAAAUUUAUCGCAUCCGGUAGUUUUGGAAAUGUCUAUAAAGCUCGUCACCAUCUUGACCAACACGAGUACGCCAUUAAAAAAAUUUUUGUAACACGUGAAAAGUCUUACAAAAUAUUAAAAAUAUUGGAGGAAGUAAAAACACUAGCCAGAUUGCAACAUAGAAAUAUAAUAUCGUACAGAAAUGCGUGGAUUGAAAAUGGUCCUUUAGACAAUGUACCACUUAUUGCAGACUCUGCAGACGAAGAGUCGACAGCUAGUAGUAAAAAUAUUGAUAGUCAUCAUAAUAGUCAUGAUAACUCGCCUCCGAAGUCAUCGGACCUAUCUAACUGCUUCAGGGAAUUGUCUGUAAGAGAUUACAAAGAAUCUGGGUGCUCUACUACUGUCGGUAUUAGGACUAAUGGUAAUAAUGGUAGCGAUAGUGAUGGUAGUAGUAACAGUAAUGGCAGCAAGACAAAUAUUUGUGCAAAUAAUGACGCUGAUUUUCAUGGUCAACUCAAGCCGCUAGUGAUAAAUAAGGGGAUUAGUGCUAAUGAUAAAAGUAUCGGUAAUUCCAAUUCGUCUGAGUCUAUUGAUUCGUUUAUUAGCUUUAGAGAAGAAAAUAGUAGUUCUAAUAGGAAUAGUCCUCCUUCAGCGUGCUGUUCUAAAGAAAAUAGUUCUGAUGAUGGAGACAAAAGUAGUUCCGAAGAAUUUUGUUUUGAAGAGAAUGAUGUAAAAAAAAUUGAUAUUGAAGAAAAUAAUUCUAAUUUAAAAAGAAAUAGUCAACAAGUUUGCGAAUACAAACCUAGACCAGAUGUUUUAGCUCUGUACAUUCAAAUGGCAUUAUGUGAAGAGACACUGAGAAAGUGGUUGGAUAAAAGAAAUAAUGCAAAUGAAACCAGCCCGGAACCAAUAAUUAAUGAAAUAUAUAAGCAAAUUUUGAUGGGCUUGCAAUAUAUUCAUUCGCGUGGCAUUGUUCAUCAUGAUAUUAAACCGGGAAAUAUUUUUAUUUCAACAUCAAAAAAACUUCAAAUACAGAUCGGAGAUUUUGGUCUAGCUUGCUUAUCUAAAGAAACUGAUGGUCAUAAACCAGUUGGGACUGAAAUGUAUGCAGCGCCUGAACAACUUAAUGGUAGUUGUGAUUCAAAGAGUGAUUUGUAUAGUUUCGGAAUCAUCCUUGUAGAGUUAAUAUAUCCAGCAACAACUUUCAUGGAGCUCAAUGAUAUAGUGAGAUCAUUAAAGCAAGGAAAAAUUCCUGAUUCUUUAGAUAAGCAGUACAAAAAAUACGCUGAAGUGAUCAUAAAACUACUAAUUGCUGAUCCUAACGAGCGGCCAUCAGCGGACAACCUACUACAAGAGUUUGAGACCAACAAGGAUUUCAUCAUAGAUAGACUAAAAGCAGAGAUUGAAGAUAAAGAAAAAGACAUAGAAUUUUUAACAAAUCUCAAUUUUAUGCUGUUAAAUUCAUUGAAAAAAGAAAAAGCAACAUUACGGGGUAUCAAAAUAAAAAGAGUACUCGGUGAUAUAAAAGAUAAGCACUUGAAAAAAAAGUGAUUUCCAGUCAAUAUUUUAAAAAAUCAAAAUGAUCUAUUUAUUUUUGUGUGAUUUUUAUAGUUACUUAGAUGUGUAUAGCCCGCGAUUUUUAUUAUCAGUUAUAAAUGUUAGUAAAUUCGUUCAGGGUAAAGUAUUAAAGAGGAAAGCAUGUACCAUAUAUUUUUUGUGAUAUUGCAGCCUUUUCAUGUACAUAGUUUUGUACCAUGACUGAAUAAUUUAAUGUAAAAAGUAAUAAUUUUUUUUAGAUAAAUCAAUUUUUAUACA